AUGUCAGCCGAGAUUGCAGAAGUGUCAUUCGCUCCAUUUCUCCACGGGAACGGGGCAGACAGAAAAGCCGUUGCACAGGAGAUAUUCGAUGCAUUCUCAACAGUAGGAUUUGUUUACGUCAAGGAUCAUGGGAUUGCUCAAGAGAGAGUGGACGAAAUAUUCGGGCUUGCCAAGAAGUUCUUCGAUCAACCGCUAGACGUGAAGCGUCAAUGGAAGCUCCGAGAUCCUAGCGUGAAUCAAGGAUAUACUGGAGACGGUGACGAGAGCGGAAGCGAUGGCGGCAUUGAUCACAAGGAGUGUUACGAACAUCGCAGAUUCAAUAACGACCUGUGUCCCAACGACGAUGUGCUUCCUGGCUUCAAAUCGACGCUUGAUACCUUCUACCAGGAAUGCCUCGCCCUUUCCUUGAAUGUUCUGAAAUGCCUCGCCAUGGCAAUGAAGCUCGGUGAGGACUUCUUCGAGAAGAUUACAACGCGGACAAAUCCACAGUUGAGGCUCAUCCGGUAUAUGGAGAUAUCUCGAGGCAUCCUAGAACAAGAAGGCCACGCCCGCAUCUUCCCGCACACCGAUUUUGGCCUAUGCACUCUCCUCUUCCAAGACUCCGUCGGCGGCCUCGAAAUCGACCCCUACCACAACGGCGACUUCAAGCCCGUCACACCCCGCCCAGGCACCGUCCUGAUCAACAUCGCCGACCUCCUCCAGCGCCUCACGAACGAUCGCUGUAUUUCCACACGACAUCGGGUGGUUUCGCCACGGAUUGAGGGGGAUUUGUUGCCGGCUAGGUACUCGAUUCCGUUCUUCGUGCACCCGGAUCCGGAGACGAUGAUUGAGCCGGUGACGCUUGCUGCGGAUGAGGUCAAGAGGUAUGAGCCGGUGAAUGCGGGUGAGUGGAGGAUUGCGCAUACGAGUAAGGAUUAUGGGUUGGGGGAUGGGCAGAAAGUGGCUGUUGCGGCGGCGUGA